GCGUUGUUGUGAGUUUUGUCCCCACUCGGAUUCCGUAUAAUACGAGCUUCUGAUUGGUCGAUCCACGGUCCAUGCUGAAAACAAUCGUUUUGAUAACUACGAGCAGAUCACAGUCAAGAUGAGUCUCAGAAAGCAGACCCCGAGUGACUUUUUGAAGCAGAUAAUUGGGAGACCUGUGGUGGUCAAACUGAACUCCGGUGUCGAUUACAGAGGUGUCCUGGCCUGUCUGGAUGGUUACAUGAACAUUGCCAUAGAGCAGACUGAGGAGUAUGUCAAUGGGCAGCUCAAGAACAAAUAUGGUGAUGCUUUUCUAAGAGGAAACAAUGUUCUGUACAUCAGCACCCAGAAGAGGAAAGUCUAGUGAAGAUCAUUCUGUGUUUUUGUUUUUAUUUUUCAGAGGAGUGUUUUUGGUUCUGUAAAGGCUGAAUACUGAAGAAUGUUUGUUUUUUUUGUAAAAGUGGAAUAAGUUAAUAAAUCCAAAGUUUUGAUUUA